AUGGCACCUAAGAAUAAGAAGUUUGGUCCUUCGGCCCACCCAUCCACCUCGAAGGCUCUGCCGCCCGCAGCCUCUAAUGCUAUGGGGGAUGCAGAGAUGAGCGAGGACGUGAGCGCUACUGGGGGCGUGGUUGGAGCGGGUGGUGCCAUCACCACUUCCCCCGCGGCCGGCACGGGGACUGAAGAUGUCGGAGGAGAACAACAUCAGCAACGCCUUGGCGGUCACGCUCCACAAGGUCUAGGCGAGGAGGUUGCUCCGUCUGCAGCCUCUCCUCCCACCGACGGGCACAACCACAACAACGGUACUCGGUCCGAGGUGAACCAUCGCCCUCCGGCCGCCCCAACCGCGGGAGCGACCGCAGCCCAUGUGCGUCCUCCCGGACGAGUCGACCAGACCGCUGCGCUCAACGGAGCCGGUGACCCUCGAGCACCACCACCGCGCGACCCUGCUGCCAGGGUGGUCCUCCCACAGCUAUGUGGACGCGGCACCCCCACUGUCGCCACCGCUGGCACCAUCAGGAGCCGGGCGACGAUGCGGUCGACGUCAUCAACACCUAUGCCAAGCAUAGCCACGGAGGCUAUGGCGCGAGCUCAGUUGUUGCUGCUGUUUCCGCCAGCGGCCGAGCUGCCACCAUCCAAAGCCUGCUCGGUUUCGCCGAAGCUGGGGGCUCACGGGGAGCUGGCCCACCACGACCUCCCCAAGCGACAGCAACCGCCCGUACUGCUGGCCGAAUGGAGGGGGCCGUCCCCACGGUGUCGUCCCCACCACGGCAGCCGACGCGGGCGCAGCUGA